AUGAUUUGUGUUGAAAAGGAAUAUGAGAACUCUUCUGAAUCUCUUGGAGGGCUACUUGCCGCGAAAUUUUCAGCGGUAUCAAUCCUGCUUCCAGAAGUUGAUCUUAAGAACGAGUUGGCAAAGAGGACCCAAAAGCAAUCUGCUGAGGUCAUUGUGAUAGAGACUUGUGAAGUUCCUAAUAAUAUAGAUAUGCGACUCAGUGGCUACGAUGUCGAGUUUGAAUUUUCAGAAAACCUAGCUACUGCUUCAAAACACUACUUUGUAAAUAAUCCUCCGCCGUCGUCAUCGCCGCCGCCUUCUACUGAUCUCUGUCUUUCUCUACUAGGUACAAUACCCGAAACCUCGACGUUGCCCUCCAAUUCUAAUUCCCCAAAUAUCAUUAGUCAAGAUUCUUGUGCCCCCAAAAGGUCGUUCCAUGAAUCUAAUAUCGCUACUCCUGUUUUAAAAAGAAAAGGACAAGAUCAGAAACUUGUUCCUAUCAAGAAACGGCGUUUAAUUGCGGCGGCGGAGGAAGAGCACUGGAUAAUUAAGAAGUUGACAAAGAGUGACGUGAAUGGAUCUUCAAGGCUUUUGUUGCCGAGACAAGAAGUGAAGACUUACGUUAUACCUUUCUUGGAUGAACAAAAAGCUACAGAUUGCCACAAGUUAAGUGGAACUGAUGUUAAUGUCUGGGAUUUGGAUACACAAUCAGAGUAUUCUUUGACGCUCAAGAAAUGGGAAACCCAUAGUUUUCAACUCAUCAGAAACUGGACCCCCAACUUUGUGAAGAGAAGGAAUUUAAAACAAGAUGAUGUGAUUGCGCUUCGUUGGGAUCGAAACAAUUCAAGAUUUUGCUUCCGCGUUCCAAGUAGGCAUGAUCAUCAAGAGGAUAAUGAAUCAUAG